GCGGGUUUAUUUGCCUAGCAGCAUUCACGGCAGAUAGUCGUUUGCUCGCUGGUGCAACUGUCUUGGCUACUAAACCAGCCGUGUACCGUGUUUUUUGUGACUGUUUUUGUUGCAGUAAAUGUUGUAACAUGUCAGCUACCUGUUACCAAUAUUACAAAACCACAGACUUUGAAAACUGGUCCGAGAUGAGAUGUCUGACUAUGAAUGUUAUGAAACCAAUGCGGACUUCUGUAAAAGUGUGUGGAAAAAACGGUACAGAUUUUCUUGAGGUGAAGGAUAACAAUAUCGCAGACAUGGAGGCAUCGCGGAAAGGUGGAGAAGAAGAAGAGAACAAUAGCAAGAGAACAAAAUGCUUCAUAAAAGAUGAGAAUUCAGCUGCCGGUCAGAGAUGGUACUUCAAGGCAGUCCAGGGACACGACGGUAUAGCAGAUGUCGAAAUGUUCCUCCAUAACUCCGUGCAGAAGUUCCAACUGGCCCUCAAGAACCCACGAGGAUCAACUACUGUACAUCACAUUGCUCUUCAGGCUAGUGCCAAGACCCCGUCUACUUCGCAUCUCCUCCUCCCCGCCACGCCCGUCGCCGAGCUCACCCAAGGCCUCGAAGCCCCUUCCGACUGCCUGGUGGUGAACCUCUCCUACUACCUCAACGACUGGGUGGCCAAAGGCUCCGAAUUUUCCAUUCUCUUCGAAACGCAGGAGGCAAAUCCUCCUACUGACGCUGGCGACAAUACUAGCUCUUACCAGCACUUUCGCCACUCCUUGCUGCAGCCCGUCGUCACUGUGCUGGACAACAACACGACGUUUGCGGUUCGGGAGGACGAUGGCCUCGAGGACGCUCUCAGAGAAACUCUUGCCGGAAGGAUGGCUGAAGUGGUGGCUCGGGGAACGGAUGCGGUUGCGACUCUGCCGCCUCUCGGAAGGCAUCGGAGGGAGGCCAGCGUAGAGUGUCAGAUGUCAAUGGUGUCGGUGUCACUUGAUGAGCUUGGCCUGAACAACGUGGUCUACCCAACGACUGUUGACAUGAAAUUCUGCAAAGGGUCGUGUCAUGUAAUCGAUGACCCUGCAAUGUUUUCAACCAAUGCCUUGAUGCGCGUUAAAUACAAAUUUUUGCGAUCAUCUGAGUCUGUGCCUUCGCCACAGUGUACACCCACGUACUACAAGUAUCUCCCUUUCAUCAUCUGGCAGAGUGGAAAACUUAGGAAAAUCGGCGUUAGUGAUCUCGAUGCUACGAUUUGUGGGUGCCGAUGAGGGUCACGAAAUUUGAUUCAAGUUGUAUUUAUACCAGACGCUGGUUGGAUUAUGUGAAUCGUUUAUUCGAUUAUUGGAUUGUGUGAGUCGCCGUCAUGUGAAUCGUCAUUUGGGUUGUGUGUGAAUUAUCAUUGCAAUCACUAGCUGGAUCGUGUGUGAAUUAUCGUGUGAAUCAUUACGUGAAUCAUUUGUUCGAUAUUUGGAUUGUGCUAAUCAUCAUGUAAACCGGUAGCUGGAUUACGUCAAUCAUUAAUUGAAUUGUUUGUAGGAUUAUUCGAUUGUGUGAAUUACUAAUCGAGUCGUUAGGUUAUUGGAUUAUGUGAAUCGUUGGUUGGGUUAUGCGAAUCAGCAUGUGUGCCAUUUGCUGGUUCAUUGGGUUAAUGGGCUGUGUUGAAUCAUGAGGUGACUCAUUUGUUGAAUUAUUGAUCUGUGUUAAUGAUUAUGUAAAUAGGUGAAUUAAGUAAGACACACAAAUUUUUACUUAGAUUGUGUGAAUCACUCAUUCGAAUAUGCAAAGCGUUGGUUGGAUUGCAUAAAUUGUUAAAUGUAUCUCAAAUUCGGUUAAUUGAAUAAUUUAAUAUUGAUGAUAUAUAUGUAAAUUUUCAAUCUGAUCGUGUGAAUGGAAAAACUAUUGGGAAUAUGUCAGAUGAAGUGUAAUAUGAGAGUGAAAAUAAUGUGCCUAAUGGGUGAUAAUACACCAGUGUCGGAUACGAGGAUAUAAUUUUUCAGAGUAAACAAAGAGGUCUUUAUUCAAUAUAUUAUAAUUAUGGUGACGAUGAUUAUUAUUGGUUCAUUCAUAAAAAGUGACAAUCU